GGUGCCGCGUUUCUACAUCCGGUGUGUUUCGAACCCUCCUCGGGCAGCGAAGGCGGACGAGCAGUGAAGAAUGGAGAGAGCAGCUAACGACGCUCCGCCGCCAGCGUGAAACCACGACCACCACCGCACGUCAACGCCGAGAAUACACACCUGCCGCUCGGCUCCGGGGCCACCAGCCUCCGCUCGGCGGGACCAGACGCCCGGGUGGUGAGGGAGUCGUCGCAGCCGAGGUCAUCCACAUUCUCCUUCCCGUCUCAGAUGUUCAGGCCAGAGAUCAGGCCGCACAGCGACUGUUAGAGGCGACAGGGUGAGGACGGGGACGAGUGUUGGUUCGCGGUACCAGGUUUUGUCCCAUGAGCCUGACUGUGCCGUCCAGGCGCUGCCAGUGACCGGGGCUGUGGCUGUGGCGGGCCCGGCCCAGGAGGCCAUUCUGUACAUCACUCCAGGCUCCCACUGACCUGUCCCGCUCUCACCAUGGAUCAACAAAGAGAUAAAUAUGGUGAGCGGCCCGCCAGGAGCACGAAGGUUUCCCAGGGCAGCCGUAGCGGACACUCGUCCCGGCCAUCUGGAUCUUCGAGCUCCUCUGGGGUCCUCAUGGUGGGGCCAAAUUUCCGCGUGGGAAAGAAGAUUGGCUGUGGAAACUUUGGUGAAUUGAAGCUCGGUAAAAAUCUCUACACUAACGAGUAUGUAGCCAUUAAACUGGAACCAGUGAAGUCGAGGGCACCACAGUUGCAUUUAGAGUACAGGUUCUACAAAACACUGGGAACUACAGCGGAGGGAGUCCCCCAGGUGUUUUACUUCGGGCCUUGUGGGAAAUACAACGCCAUGGUUCUGGAGCUGCUGGGCCCGAGUCUAGAGGACCUCUUUGACCUCUGCGACAGGACCUUCUCCCUGAAGACCGUCUUAAUGAUCGCAAUUCAGUUGAUUUCCCGAAUGGAGUACGUGCACUCUAAAAACCUAAUCUAUAGGGAUGUAAAACCUGAAAACUUCCUCAUCGGACGGCAAGGGAAUAAAAAGGAACACAUUAUCCACAUCAUCGACUUUGGCCUGGCCAAAGAGUACAUCGACCCCGAGACCAAAAAACACAUUCCAUACCGGGAGCAUAAGAGUUUGACCGGCACCGCCCGAUAUAUGUCCAUCAAUACACAUUUAGGCAAAGAGCAAAGCCGGCGAGAUGACCUGGAGGCUUUAGGCCACAUGUUCAUGUAUUUCCUUCGUGGGAGUCUACCCUGGCAAGGACUAAAGGCCGACACCUUGAAAGAACGAUACCAGAAGAUCGGAGACACAAAGCGUAACACUCCCAUCGAAGUCCUCUGUGAGAACUUCCCAGAGGAGAUGGCCACCUACCUGCGAUAUGUGAGACGAUUGGACUUCUUUGAAAAGCCCGACUAUGAAUAUCUGAGGACUCUGUUCACUGAGCUGUUUGAGCGAAAAGGUUACACCUUCGACUACACCUACGACUGGGUUGGCAGACAGAUACCCACACCGGUGGGGUCUGUCCACAUAGACUCCGGAGCGUCCGCGGUCACGAGAGAGACCCACCCUCACAGAGACCGGCCCUCACAGCAUCAACCAAUUAGAAAUCAGACAGCGGUCUCAGAUCGACGAGGAGCAUGGGAGGCGCAGCCCACACGCCAAGCAAACUCCUCCUAUCUGACCUCCCACCUGGCAGCGGACAGGCACGGGGGCUCAGUGCAGGUGGUGAGUUCAACCAACGGGGAGCUGAAUGCAGACGAUCCGGCUCAUUCCAACGCUCCGAUUACAGCUCAGGCAGAGGGGGAAGUGGUCGAUGAAGCCAACUGCGUGAAAAUGCUCAACCUGUGGUGCUGCUGCUUCUUCAAGCGAAAACGGAAGAAGAACACGCAGAGGCACAAAUGAUCGUCCGCCACCGGCCUGAAACAUUCCAAGUGUCCGGCUCAGUUGAUUGUGAUUUCAGAAAUCAAUAACGGUCCCAUUCAGAAUUAAAGAGGGAGACGACGGGAAGAUCUUGAUUGAGUUGUACUCCGGAGGGACCAGUUCAAUAUGGUUUGAAAUGUGCAAGACGCUUGUGUCUUUUGAUGGGAGUCCUGUUUUUAAAUUUUUUCUUGUUUUUAAAUUUUUUCCCCCUCCUCCAAGAUGUGUGGGAAUGUUCUGCAGGCCAGUCGGCCAGACGGGAACUGUUCGGUGGAUCUUUGCAGGGGAUAAUCUUCAGUUUUUUUUCCUCCUCAACACGCGCAGCAUUAGUAUUUUUCUCCUCAUUUUUUUCCUUGUUUAUAUUCUGUGGUAUUGCAGAGGAAGAGACGGGUCUUCCUGUUUUCAUUCUUACCACCUUCCACCUGUUGCGUGCUAUGAUUUUUUGUUUUUAUUUCUUUAAAUCACAAAACCAUCUUUUCAUUUCUCCUCUGUCCCAGUUCGAGGUGUUUUGCCUGUGAUUAGUUUGCGAACUCGUUUUGACACAAAGCCCUUCUGGUCCUCCCUGACGUGAGGCUGAAUGUAAACCUGAACACACACAAGGAGCCAGGAGUGUCACCAGAGAGCGUCAGUCUGCCGGCCCCUGCACUUUUUACCCUCCAAAGAGGUCGACCCUGGAACUGGGACCCGGGCCUGAGAGAACAGAAGACCACCGACGUCUCCUGCACUGCGUUCUCUCGGGAUGAUUUCUGCUCGCGCUGCUUGGUUAAAGCGCUCCCCUUUAACCACGCCGCUCUCCAAACACACUACAGUCUCCUCUGACUCUGCAGUUCUGCUCCUGUCGGCUUUUGUGAUGAUGAGCGGCAGCCUGACACUUGUAGAUGUGGCUGAAACAAACAAAAAAAAAUGCUAUUUAUGCUAUUUAUCUCUUGGUUGACACCAGUUUUCUUACUAAUUCUAACACAUACACACUGAAUGUAUGGACAGUAAGGUAAAUGACUUUGGAGCAAUCUUAUAAUCUGUUAUGCGCAUGGAAACGAAAUUGCAGUAACGGCGUUGAGACCAAUGUUUAAAAAAAGGAAAAAAAUAAGUGAGACCAAAAUCAAGUGGAUUUGUGGGAGAGUCUUAAUCGUUCUGGAUCUUAAUAAUGUGCUGGUUAGUAAUGGACUCUGCAGACACUGGGGGACGUUGCUUUGGAGCGACCGGAGAAACGGGCGUGAUGAGCUUUGGAGAUUAAAUCACAGCCUCUCGACGCUGCUGUCCAAUGCCUUAACCCCAACCUGUCGACCGCCACGCCACCCGCCGGACACACACGUGCGUCGGCAGCAUGAUGGUUUGUGAGAUGUGCGGCGCAGUUUGUCCGGCGGUCACCUGCAUCUUAACGUUGCCGACUUGUUCCCAGAUAGUAUCAGUAGUGAAUGACUUCCCUGUGUAACACUGAAGAUGUAUUAUCGAGAGAGAGAGAGAGAGCGAUGCCAAAUGUGAGGUUUGGUGUAAUAAUCUGUGACGGUGUUAAAGACGUCCCUGCCCCCCCCACCCCCCGUGUCUCGUCUGAAGACCCCUGUGCUGCAAAGCGAUGUUUGAUGUUCGAGUCCCUCUCCUUUUCACGCAGAGAGAAAAACCAUCAUGUCACCAUUUCCUUUUUUUUUUAAAUUAGUGUCACGGAGGACUGCCUUGAAAACAAUAUCCUCGAUACGUCACCUUGCCUCCUAACAGAGAGGGAACUACCGCACAUAGUUGUUUUAUUUUUUUAUUUUCAUGUCUUGCUAAUGUGAAUUGUUUUUUUGUUUUUUUUCCCAUUCCAAAUAGCCAUGGUUUUAUGGGGAAAGAGAGGGUAACAAAAUAGAAGAUUUAAAAAAAAAAAAAAGAAGCUUGAAACCAUGACUGCACUACAUUUGUUGACCCCGGCUUUCCCUGACGAGACCCCGCCUUCUUAAUACUGUACUUCAAACGUGCUUAUUACUUUAAAUUGUAGCUGCCUCGUGUGCUAAGCCUUCCCUUAGGGUGCAGGGAAUACACUUUAAAUUCAUUUUUAACCCCCACCCUCCCUCUCCUUAAUUUUGUGCCAUGACACCCACCCCCGCUCCUCUCUGCACACUCACCCAUGCAAGUCCUGGAUGAGUGGACUCUCAUGUGGAGGGUUUCGGUUUUGACGCUCUGUUCGUCAUCUUUACAAAUACAAUGUUGUAGAUGUUGCAAACUCUCUCAAUGGAUCCGUAUGUAAACCUGCUCGUUGCGUGUAUUUACACUGUAUAGCUUUUUGAUUUACUCUUGCCCCUGACAUGUCAGUUACUCCAGGGUCUAAGUUAUUGUGUUUAAUGAAAGUACUUGAAUAUGAAAAUCUAUGGGACCUUUUUUUUCUUUUUUUUUUCUCUCUCGUUUGUUUUUUUUAUUGAUUUCUCCGUCGUUAUUGUAAUAAUUCACACGUCGGAUUUGAGGGGGAAUGGCGGGAAAACAGGCUAUUUGAAUGACAGGUAUUCAUUUCUCUGAGACGUCAUAGUGCCUCUUGAGUGUCGGAUGAUGGUUUGUGGGACUCGGAGUCCCGUGCUAGUCGGUGUGAACGACCGGACGAGGCUCGGCCCGUUUCAGCCGGUAGAGGUGCAGUCAGAUGUGGGUUUGGAGGUUAACGUCACGCGUUUGUCUCUGUGAAACAUUUAUGGUUAUGUGUUUUUAAUCCGGCGAGGGUGAAUCCCUCCCGGUUUUUUUCUCCCGGACACCAAACCUGUGACAUCUGCAGCACCUGGAGCGUCUGUUGAAAGUAUUACUGUGUAGUGAGAUGGAUAUCAAGACUAUACAGCCUUCAGUGUUCCCCUCCGCCCCUCAGAAUUCCCCGAGUGCCAUUCCUGAGACUACUACUACUACUACUACUCGCCCAUGCCUUUUACCUGUGCCAGAAUAACUAUGAAGUUGAAUGUUGGGUUUCUUUUUCUUUUGACCAUCUCAUUCCACCUCGACGUGUCCGUUGUCAUUUAUUUUUUUUAAAGAGAAUCUCAAGUCAGUACCAGGAAGUGUUUGGAGAGAGUCGCUUUCUUUCAUUCACACCAAAAGAAAGCGAUUGUUUCAGAGUUGAACUUGUUGAACUGAGCAUCUCCACGACGUCUGCUUCUUCCUUAAACUGUGGGGUGACCUCACUCUUUCGCUCUCGGCUGAACUGGUAGAUAUAGACAUAUUACUCUGGUGUGUGUACCUUUUUUUUUUUUAACUCUCUGGGCCUCGUGCAGAGCGAUUAUAGGAGAGCUCUGUAUGAUUUGUAUCUGCAUGGCUUUUUCCGGAGACGGCAGGGAGUCGUCUCUCUGUGAAUCUUCUCCCCCCGUCGGGCUCGUGCACUGUUUGGGUCAGCGAGUCAUCACGGCUUCCGGUCCUCAUGUACAGUAGAGAAACGUUUUUUUUAAUCUUGUCUCCUCACAGCACGUUUCCAUUUCAGUCCCCAUCAUUUCUCAUAUUCUAUAUCUCACUUCAGUCAGACGUGUGUUUAGGGCUUUGGUUGUGUGUAGCUCAUCGUGUGUCAAAGCUGUGUAAAUCAAAGCGAAGGACAGUUUUAAGUGUGAAUGAAUGGCUUCGGUCUCUUUGGGUUCUCUGGCACUUUCUCCUUGUUGCUGUACUGUAGAGUUGUCUUGGAUUUACUGUAUAUUUUUUCUUUGAGGGAGAGGUUUAGGGUGACAUUUACUGCAAUAUUGUGAUGAUUAUUUGAAAAUUGUAAAUUGUACAGUGUUCACAAUUGUAGUCUUUGUUUUUUUUUCUUUUGGGAUUCCAUAUGAAAUGUGUUUUUUUGAUGAUUUCUUUCCUCUCAGACUGUGGAAAAUCCGAUUGUACAGCUGCAAGAGUUUAUCCUCCCCUCAGCAUUGUUUUAGUUUUUCUUUCUUUCUCAGAGCUAUGAUUAAGAGAAGUCUUAAAACUGUAAAUAAAUAUUGUGUUGAAAUAUGAAUGUCACUUCAAAAAUGUAUUCGAACGAGUUAGUCAAGGGCUUCACCAAUGAAGGAGCCACGUUUCUUCUUUUUAUGGUUUCAUAUUUUUAAUUUGCAGAAAGGUAAAGGUCCUUUUUAUUUGAGAUGCCUAUGUUUUUUUUGUUUGUUUUUUUCCUCCUUGAAUUCAUAUAAAUACGAUGUGUCACACAUGAACCUUAUAAAAUCACUUUUUAUUCCCUCCACACCUAAAGGGAAACUCCAGUUUGCACCCUUUUUUAUGUAAAAUAAAAGCUCUCUCCACCUUG